AUGGGUCGUACCGUCGACCAGGAGGUACACGCGGCGUUUGUCGAGUUUCGCGCCAAGGAAGAUGACAAGUGUCUCUCCGUUCAGUGUAUAUACUGCCAACAAAUUCGAGCAAAGAACACUUCGCGACAGAAACAACAUCUCCUUGAAUGUCCCGGUCUGCGCGGUCACCCCAACGCGCCUCAGCCUUCCCAGGCCGCCCAGGCCGCCCCUAACGGAAUCGGUCCCCCCAAUGGCUACCCCGGCACUCCCAAUGGCCCAACCGCAACCUCGACAGGACCAACUGGUCCUGGUACUAUCCCAACUCCCAAUGGCAACAUCAUGACCAAUGGUGUCAACCCUCAUGCUACUCCGUUGCAGACCCCGUUGGGGGCCCUCCAGAACCGCGCCGCAAUGGCGACCCCGGUUGCGCCUACCGGUGCUCCGUCUGCACCGCCAAGCGCCGUGCCCUCGCGCCCGACUCCCAAGCCAAAGACCAAGACAGCAAGCUCGAGCUUGCCCGCGCCCCCACUAGACGAUGUGCACGCAGCUUUCGUUGAGUUCCGCGCAAAGGAAGAAGACAAGUGCCUGUCCGUUCAAUGCAUUUACUGCCAGCAAGUUCGCGCGAAGAACACUAGUCGCCAGCGCCAGCAUCUGCUCGAAUGCCCUACCUAUCUCAGCGUGAUGAAGGACUCGAUCCCCGCCAACAAUCUGCUCCACACAUUCCCUGAGGGCGAUGUCGCCCGAUCACUUCAGAUCCCCGCGCCAUCGCUGGAGCUGGAUUUCCGCAUGAGCAUCAAAAUGAACCCCAAGGUGUCUGUUGGCCCCAGCGUGUGGGGCCAACGAGAGUGGGUUUCGUUCAUCGGCGGCCAAUGGGCCGGUCGAUGGGGUAAGGGUGUUGUUCUGCCCGGUGGUCAAGAUACACAGAUUGUGACCAAGGAUUCCACUACCAACCUUCGUGCGAGUUAUAUCCUCCAGACUGUCGAUGAGCCACCUGCAUUCAUCAUUGUGCGCACAGAAGGAUGGUUGACAGGCGCCAAGGAUGUUCUCGAGAAGGUCAUCGAUGCCAACAUGGCCGAUGGUGUCAAUCCCGGCAGCUAUAAGUACCGGGUCAAUUUGUCCAUGGAGACGGGCGAUGAGCGAUACACAUUCUUGAACACUUUGAUGUGGAUCGGCAGCGGUUGCCGCAGGGGUCAGGAAGUCAUCUUCGACUCGUUCCGUGUCAACUAG